UACUAACGCAGACUCCGACAAUCAUGCUCAACUCGGUGUUCGUGGUGUGCCUUCUGGUCUCUGCUGCCCUCGCCAUUCCUGGUGGCUACGGCGGCGGCGGACAUGGCGGGGGAGGAUACGGUGGCGGCGGCGGACAUGGUGGUGGCGGCUAUGGCGGCGGUGGCUACAGUAGGCCCACCCCCUACGCUUUCGACUAUGGCGUUUCUGCUGGCUACACCAACUUUGGCCACAGCGAAAAGGGCAACGGUCAUGGAGGCGUGACCGGCGGCUAUUGGGUCAACCUUCCCGACGGCCGCGUGCAGAAGGUGUCCUACGUAGCUGACUACGGUGGCUUCCGCCCCGUGGUGUCCUACUCCGGCAAGGCCCACUACCCUGCAAGCUACGGAUACGGCCAUGGCGGCGGUGGCGGCGGCUACCACUGAAAACGUCACUACUUGAAGCACUGAUGGGGUUCUUCGUUAUAGGGAGUAAAUAAAACGUUCAAAUAAAAGAUUUUUUUCAAUAGAAA